ACCCGCCGCGGCUCUGCUAACUGACUACUUCCGGUAGUUGUAGUUUCUAAUGAUUUUCUCACUUGUGCGCGAGAUAUAACACUAUAUUGGUGUUUAUCUUCAACCGGGCUGAAAAGGGAAAAAAAUGUCAUACAACUACGUCGUCACCGCUCAGAAGCCCACGGCGGUCAACGCCUGCAUCACGGGCCACUUCACCUCUGCAGAGGACCUCAAUUUGCUUAUUGCUAAAAACACAAGAUUGGAGAUCUAUGUUGUCACAGCUGAAGGUCUCAGACCUGUCAAAGAGGUGGGCAUGUAUGGCAAGAUCGCUGUCAUGGAACUCUUUAGGCCCAAGGGUGAAAACAAAGAUCUGCUCUUUAUUCUCACAUCCAAGUACAAUGCCUGCAUCCUUGAAUACAAACAGAACGGCGAGAGCAUUGACAUCAUCACUCGCGCCCACGGAAAUGUCCAGGAUCGCAUCGGGCGUCCCUCAGAGACAGGCAUUAUUGGAAUUGUUGACCCAGAAUGCCGUAUGAUUGGCCUGCGGCUAUAUGAUGGCUUGUUUAAGGUGAUCCCUUUGGAUCGGGACAAUCGUGAGCUUAAAGCCUUCAACAUCAGACUGGAGGAGCUGCAAGUUAUUGAUGUCCACUUCCUCUAUGGCUGCCAGGCUCCAACUGUGUGCCUCAUUUACCAGGACCCCCAGGGACGCCAUGUCAAGACAUAUGAAGUUUCUCUAAGGGAAAAAGAGUUCAACAAGGGCCCUUGGAAACAGGAGAAUGUAGAGGCUGAAGCAUCCAUGGUCAUACCAGUGCCUGAGCCUUUUGGUGGUGCUAUAAUCAUAGGACAGGAGUCCAUUUCAUAUCACAACGGAGACAAAUAUUUGGCCAUUGCACCACCCACUAUCAAGCAAAGCACCAUUGUCUGUCACAACCGAGUGGACCCUAACGGAUCACGCUACCUGCUGGGAGAUAUGGAUGGCCGCCUUUUCAUGUUGCUGCUGGAGAAGGAGGAACUAAUGGAUGGAACGGUUGCACUUAAAGACUUGCAUGUGGAAUUGUUAGGAGAGACAUCCAUUGCUGAGUGUUUGACCUACUUGGAUAACGGCGUGGUCUUUGUGGGAUCCAGGCUGGGUGAUUCCCAAUUGGUAAAGCUAAAUGUGGACAGCAAUGACCAGGGCUCAUAUGUGGCUGUCAUGGAGACUUUUACCAAUUUGGGGCCCAUUGUGGAUAUGUGUGUGGUAGACUUGGAGAGGCAAGGCCAAGGCCAGCUGGUUACAUGCUCAGGUGCAUUCAAGGAAGGGUCUCUUCGGAUCAUCCGCAAUGGCAUUGGAAUUCAUGAGCAUGCCAGCAUUGACCUACCAGGAAUCAAAGGUUUGUGGCCUCUGCGCUCUGAAGCAGGCAGAGAGACAGAUGACAUGCUGGUGUUGUCAUUCGUUGGUCAGACACGUGUACUGAUGCUGAGCGGCGAGGAGGUCGAGGAGACAGAACUUCCAGGCUUUGUGGACAACCAACAGACGUUUUACUGUGGCAAUGUUGCACACCAGCAGCUGAUUCAGAUCACAUCCGGCUCUGUUCGCUUGGUGCUUCAGGAGAGCAAGGCCUUGGUGAGCGAGUGGAAGGAGCCACAGGGCAGGAACAUCAGCGUGGCUGCUUGCAACCACACUCAGGUGGUGCUUGCUGUUGGACGUGCCCUUUACUAUCUCCAGAUCUUGGCUGGGGAGCUCAAACAGAUUGGCAACACAGAGAUGGAGCAUGAGGUGGCCUGCCUUGACAUCACGCCUCUGGGAGAAGGUGGCGGUGAGUCACCGCUCUGCGCCGUGGGAUUGUGGACCGACAUCUCAGCGCGCGUGCUAAAACUGCCUUGCUUCACUGCCCUGCACAAGGAAAUGCUGGGUGGAGAGAUCAUCCCUCGUUCCAUCCUAAUGACCACUUUUGAAGGCAGCUACUACCUGCUCUGUGCCCUUGGAGACGGCGCACUCUUCUACUUUGGCCUGGAUCUGCAGACGGGUUCCUUGAGUGAGCGUAAAAAAGUCACCCUGGGAACGCAGCCCACUGUGCUGAGGACCUUUCGAUCUCUUUCAACCUCCAAUGUCUUUGCCUGCUCCGAUCGCCCCACUGUCAUUUAUUCUUCGAACCAUAAGCUGGUCUUUUCCAACGUCAACCUCAAGGAGGUCAACUAUAUGUGCCCACUCAACUCUGAAGGUUACCCAGACAGCCUGGCUCUGGCUAACAACAGCACUCUGACAAUCGGUACCAUUGAUGAGAUUCAAAAACUCCACAUCCGCACUGUUCCUCUCUAUGAAUCCCCCAGACGGAUUUGUUACCAGGAGGUUUCCCAGUGUUUUGGUGUCCUGUCCAGUAGGGUGGAGAUUCAGGAUGUGAGCGGUACCACCUCUGCUGUCCGGCCCAGUGCCAGUACCCAGGCUCUUUCCAGCAGUGUGAGUUCUAGCAAGCUCUUCCCCAGCAGCACUUCUCCCCAUGAGACGUCUUUUGGUGAUGAGGUGGAGGUUCACAGCCUGCUAGUCGUGGAUCAGCACACCUUUGAAGUGCUCCACGCUCAUCAGUUCCUCCCGAGUGAGUAUGCCCUCAGCAUGGUUUCUUGCCGCCUUGGUAAAGACCCAUCCGUCUACUUCAUCGUCGGCACUGCCAUGGUCUACCCAGAGGAGGCUGAGCCCAAGCAGGGCCGUAUAAUUGUCUUCCACUACACUGACGGAAAGCUGCAAACUGUAGCAGAAAAGGAGGUGAAAGGAGCGGUCUACUCAAUGGUUGAAUUCAAUGGAAAACUCUUGGCCAGCAUCAACAGCACGGUCCGUCUGUAUGAGUGGACGGCAGAGAAAGAGCUGCGGACCGAGUGCAACCACUACAACAACAUCAUGGCCCUUUAUCUGAAAACCAAAGGAGAUUUCAUCCUGGUGGGAGACCUGAUGAGGUCUGUCCUGCUGCUGGCAUACAAACCCAUGGAGGGCAACUUUGAAGAGAUUGCACGGGACUUCAAUCCUAACUGGAUGAGUGCCGUGGAAAUCCUGGAUGAUGACAACUUUCUUGGGGCAGAGAACGCCUUUAAUCUGUUUGUAUGCCAGAAAGACAGUGCGGCCACCACAGACGAGGAGCGUCAGCACCUCCAAGAAGUGGGGCUCUUCCACCUCGGAGAAUUUGUUAAUGUCUUCUGCCACGGUUCGCUGGUACUGCAGAAUCUGGGCGAGAGUUCCACACCCACCCAAGGGUCUGUCCUCUUUGGCACGGUCAAUGGCAUGAUUGGACUGGUGACCUCCCUGUCUGAGAGUUGGUACAGCCUUCUCCUGGACCUUCAGAACCGCCUCAACAAAGUCAUCAAGAGUGUGGGCAAGAUCGAGCAUAGUUUCUGGAGAUCCUUCCACACGGAGCGAAAGACGGAUCAGGCCACAGGAUUUAUCGAUGGCGAUCUGAUUGAAAGCUUCCUAGACCUCGGCCGAGCCAAGAUGCAGGAGGUCGUCAGCACGCUACAGAUCGAUGACGGCAGUGGCAUGAAGCGUGAAGCCACAGUGGACGAGGUCAUUAAGAUUGUGGAAGAGCUGACAAGGAUCCACUAGCCUUUCACGCCCAGCUGACGACACACACAAGAAUGGUCCCUGUGGAGGAAUGAAUCUGAAAAGAAAUGAUUUGGUCUUUGCAGAAGUGUAAAUAAUUAUAAAUAAAACAUGGAGACCUUGAAGGUGCACCAGAACUGCACUCUUCAUUUUUGAGAAGUGUCUCCUGGUGAAGCAUAGCAUCUAAUAAAAAGACCAAAGUGAAAACAUUGGUCUGAGUGUGUGAGUGUGUGAGUGUGUGAGUGUGUGAGUGUGUGAGUGUGUGAGUGUGUGAGUGUGUGAGUGUGUGAGUGUGUGAGUGUGUGAGUGCGUAUGUGUGCGUGUGCGUGUGCGUGUGCGUGUGCGUGUGCGUGUGCGUGUGUGCGUGUGUGUGUGUGUGUGUGUGUGUGUGUGUGUGUGUGUGUGUGUGUGUGUGUGUGUGUGUGUGUGUGUGUGUGUGUGUGUGUGUGUGUGUGUGUGUGUGUGUGUGUGUGUGUGUGUGUGUGUGUGUGUGUGUGUGUGUGUGUGCGCGCGCGCGCGCGCGUGUGUAGUAUGGAGCAAUGUAUGGGAAAAAAAACAAUACGGAAAUGUGACAUCUUCCUCACCACCUUUUAGCACGUGAGAUCUCCAAACCGGUUAGCAAGGAAUUUACAUGCCACAAUUUAAAUGUAACAGCUUGUUCAAGGCUAUCAAUAAAGUCUGGUGGAAAACAACAAAAAGAGGAAAUUAAUAGAUUUAUAGCUAUUUUGUCUUUGUGAUGGUUUUUUUGUCCAAUAAACUUUGCUUUAGUACUCUUA